CCUUGUAUUCCGUGAUUGAGGAAAAAUAGCACAUAACGAUUUUCAUAGAUUUUGAUUCGCAACCAACCGGGGAUCUAUUCUAUUCGCGCUCACUGUAUACCUAUAUAUUUUCUUCUGCUCAGAUUCGGAAAAGAUGGUUGGUUCAUUUAGAUUUGCUUCUGCCAUGGAUUUAGGUUGUUUUGACCUAAGUUGCACAGAUAAGAAGAGCAAUCACGCGUCUAUUCAUCCGGAAACUUGCGAGAAUGAGUCAUUCAUGUCCACUUCCAAGCUCGGAAAGAAUAGUAAGACAACACCGCCGAUCGUAGGUGCCCUAAACAAACUCUCGUCGCAAGUUAAGAAACCUCCUCACCGGAGAAGUUCACCUGUAGGUUGGUUUCCUCGCAAUAAUAAAGUAGAUUCUUACCUCAAAAGAAAAAUACAGCUUCUACAGGAAGAAGACGGUAUGAAAGCAACUCUAGACGAAACUUUAGGCGAUUCCAAUCUUCACUACUCCAAACUCCUCAGAGAGAAAAUCGCGGUUCAAGAAGCUACUUGCAAUGCGAUUGAGGCUCGGAAAUCCGCAAUGGUUGAGAAAUCUUGGUGCAGAAUACUUCAAGCUGCACGAAUUAAAAGUAAAGAUGCGGAAGAGAUGAUCGCAGAAACAGAGAAAAACGCAGAGAAAGCUCUAGAAGCCGCGGCAGAAAUCGGAGUGAUUCUUCCUGAAUGUUCUCGUAAGAACAACAACAGCAACAGCGAGAUAGAAACCGUCGCAGAUUCUUCGUUAGAAACUGCUUUUGAAGUUGACAGGCAAGUUGCUACCGCCAUUAGAACAGCAUUGAUAAAGCUAGCUAACUGUCCUUCCAUAAGCAAAGUCGAGUGUAAAGAGCUUUUAAGUAAAAUAAGCCAAACCGAAGAUGAAGAAGAAACGUUAUCCGAUUCUUCUUCUAGUUCCUCGCCCGAAGACGAAGAAGGAGAAGGCGAAUUCAAGAAGGUUUCUAAACAAUCUAAUGUGGUUAAGCUUGUUGAUAAGAUGCUCGAAAGGUUGAGACUUUUACAAGAAGACGAAUUGACCUCGAUUGCCACUAUAGUCGCAACAUCGGGCUUAAAUGCAGCUUUAGGCGGAUAUAAUCAUCAAGAACAACAACAAUCUAGAAGAAUGUCUAAUGUUGUUAGGAAAAACCAAGCCGAGUUAGACUUGGAGAUACCAAGCCUAGACAAGUUUCUUGUCAAACGUUUGACGAAGCUCGAAAGAGAUGUGUUCGAGGCCAAAAAAGAUCCUUCUAGAAGGGUAUCUUCUUUCGUGGGGAUAAAGAAAAAACAAGCCAAGCAAGAUUUGGAGGCAACACCGAGCCUAGACAAGAUUCUUGUCAAGCGAAUGACGAAACUCGAAAGAGAUGUUGUUGAAGCAAAGAACAAGAACAAUGACACAAAGAGAAUUGAGAUAAUAUUGGAGAAAGAAAACAUAGACAUCAACAACGUGGAAAGGGCGGUAGUUGUGAAGGAAGAAAAGGGUAAAUCAUCGAGUAAUGAAGAAGAUAAUGGCGUUUUGAUGUGUCGAUCGGUGAUGCGUCGGGAAGAAAGAAUGAGGGAGGUUGAAGAAGCUUGGGGAGGGCUUAGCUUGGGGAAUUCUAUGAUGCGGCCUCAUUUGUCGAGGCUCGAAAGAGAAAAGGCUGCUUGGAGGAAAGCUGAGGAAGAAGAAAGAAAGAAAGCCAUUGAAGAAGCAUGAUUGAUGAUUUUGAUUGAUCACUUUGCCUGCCUGGUUAUGUUUUGUUUUUUUUUAAUUGAAAGACAAUGUUGGUUCAUUUGAGAGUCUAUAUGCAUAUAGACCACCAAUAAAUGUUGAUGAAAUUAAUUGUUAGAGAGAUUUCUAGUGAUUAUAAUAGUUGUAUUCCACUUCGCGAGUCUAUUGCUUGAUUGUUAUGAUAUUCCUUUGAGU